CGCGAAUAUAUGACAAAGGCAGAACCUUUUGGGUGGUGUUCAGUUGAACUCAUAUCCUUCGGCCUUGGCUGAAGAAGCAAACACUCUAAACCAUCCACCCAAAUGAACAUCCAAAUCCACCCAACCGCCAAUUUCACACUCUCUUCUCGUAACCCCCGCAUCUUCUUCCUCCCUCAAUUCCCCCCAAACCCACAAAAGAUCCCCAAACAUACUUACACCACCAAACCCCUGUUCAAAACCCUCAUCAAAUGCUCACAAACCAGUGAUUCUGACCCACCAAAAUGGGAGAAACUGCUGCCAAAAAAUAUUAUCUCAGCUGACAAGAUCCUCAGGUCCAUUGCAGGGGCAACUUCUAGCCCAAUUUGCCAGUUCAUAUCCUCACCCACCACUUUCUUGCACUCUGUUGAUCCCAGAAUCAAAUUGGCAUGGCUUCUGGUUCUAGUUGUUAUCCCCGCAAGAACACAUAUAUACAUGCGAUUCGGAUUAAUCACGUUUCUGGCCUCAUUGUCUGUAUGGAUACUGCCAAGACAAGUUUGGGUGGGGAGCUCUCAAAUAUUGUUUGUAGGAUCAAUUGGGAAGAACCACUCUAUUAUCUGGGAUUUUGUUCUUAAUGGUGGGGCUCGGUGCAGAUAGUGUUCCAAUGGUGGUUCAGUCGAGAACUCCACCGCCAUCGAUGAUGGGCUUGCCGAAUAUUCCACCGUCUUUUGAUGGUUAUUCGUAUCUACUGUUCAAAUUAGGACCGUUGCAGCUUACGAGAAAAGGGUUGUCUCUGGCGAGUACAACAGCUUGCUUAACUUUUUCUAUUUUUCAAAGCGCAAGUCUUUGCUUGACAACGACUACACCAGAACAACUCGCGUUUGCUCUACAAUGGUUUAUGAAGCCUUUGGCAUAUGUUGGUGUCCCGGUGGCUGAAGUUAUUCUUACUCUUCUACUGUCAUUAAGAUUUAUCAACCUAGUAUUCGAUGAGGUACGGAUUGUGGCAUUGGGGAUUGUAUCCCGGAGGAUAAAUUGGAAACACUUGGCUACAAUGGAGACCGUUGAUGUUUUCUUUACAUACAUCCGUCGGAUCUUCAAAAAUAUAUUUAAUCACGCAGAGCAGAUAACACAGGCGAUGACCGUGAGAGGGUUCCGGGGAGACAGCAGCUCCCACAAGAUUUACUUCUCAUCGUCGUCUUCUGCGCCAAUUCCAAACAUGGUAUCACUUGUGACACUCGUUGGACUUAUAGGUGCUGCCGCUUUGUCGGAGUAUAUACUUAUUUGAGGCUAAACGGUAGUAUGAUCAAUUCAUUCUCGGUUAAAGAUUAUUUAGAAGUAUAGUCGGGCCGGGUCGACUUGUUUCAUAUUUGUUUUGGUUCAUUUCGGUUCUAAUCGAAGUUGAAGUCGGUAGAUUUAAAGCGCAUUCGCUUUCGUUUAUAUCAAGUUUAUUCAAAAUAGCAUAAUGAAAACAGAAAAAUGUCAACUUUAAAGUAAUCCAGUUGAUUCUUAUGCUUGUCACUUAACCCGGACCCGUGUAACCCAUUUAUCUAAAACGGGUUAAAGGGGUUACAAGUUGACUUGUAUAUUUUAUUUAUAUUAUAUGACCUGUAUACUUUUAUUUAAAGUUUUAAACAGGUUGACGGGUUGCUCUGUUUA